UGCAAUUCACCGACAGUUGGUGCAAGUUUGGAAGGUGAGCUAAUGGGUAGAUACACUUUCCUGUUUUUUUUUUUUUUUUUUUUUCCCCCCCACGAAAAUCAUUAAGAGGCAGAGAUUCUGUCUCUGUGUGUUAGUCGAGAUGAGCCUGAGGUGAGGCGCGUCCAGGCCACAAUAAUGUGUGAAGCCAUAGUGAUUGUGGACGGCGGACUGGCCACAGACCUUGAAGCAGCAGGUGUACAGAUACAGGGAGACCCCCUAUGGAGUGCCAGAGUUUUAAAUACCAAUCCACAGGCAAUCAGAGAUGUCCAUUACAGGUUCCUCCAGUCCGGUGCAGAUGUCAUAACUACUGCAACAUACCAGGCAAGCGUGAAAGGGUUUAUCGAGCACCUGGGCCUGUCAUGUGAUGAGGCAAGUCAGCUACUGAUGUCCGGGGUGCAGUUGGCCAGACAGACUGUUCAGGAGUUUAUGGCCAACAGCCCUUUAUCAAGGAGGAAAGUGCCGAUGGUGGCGGGUUCCAUUGGUCCGUAUGGCGCGUAUCUUCAUGAUGGCUCAGAAUACUCAGGAGCUUAUGAGGAGGCCAUGACUGUCGAGGAGCUGAAAGCUUGGCAUCGACCACAGAUCCAGUGCCUGGUUCAAGCUGGAGUGGACCUCAUUGCCAUGGAAACCAUCCCAGGGCUUAAAGAGGCUGAGGCUUUGGUGGAGCUUCUGAGAGAGUUUCCUAAUUCAAAAGCUUGGCUUUCCUUUUCCUGCAAGGAUGAGCAACACAUUUCCAGCGGGAGAAGGUUCUCUGAAGCAGUUCAGGUAGCCUGUCAAACCAAGCAGCUUGUGGCAGUUGGUGUGAACUGCUGUGCCCCUACCCUCGUUGAGCCAUUGCUGGCCUCCGUCCCUCCGCUCAGCAGUCCUCAACUCAGCUGGGUUGUUUACCCCAACAGCGGAGAACAGUGGGUUCCAGGCACUGGGUGGAGUACAGCAGCAGAAAACAAAACUUCAUUUGCCAAACUUAGCUUACGGUGGAGAAAACUCGGUGCUUCUUGGAUUGGUGGGUGUUGUCGUAUUGGUCCAGUGGACAUUGCAGAAUUAAAAAGACUCCAUGGAGUCCUGGCAACAGACGCUACCUGAGAACUGAUGCAGCAAAACUGGCAAUAAGUGAGUCAGGUUGUGAAAGUGCAGAACUGCCACCAGAGAAUGAUGUGUUCAAUGAAAAGGAGUGUAUAGUUUCACUGCAAAU